GUUGCGUCUUCGUUUCAAAAGCUGUUGUUGCCGUCAUUCAAAAAGUAACAGAACCAAAGUGCCCAAAACAUAAUUUUUUCCCCUGUGUUUAAACAAACUUCGACAGUUUCUGCCAGUUUAUUGCGUGUUGCGGGUGGCUGUUGCCAAUAUUUGAAUUUUGCCUCUCUUUGUGACGUGCGAGCUACUCUUUGUGUCUGUGUGCGUGCGUGCGUCGGUCUAGUGGUUGUGUGUGUGCAAGUGUUGUGGCUUUUUUGUUAUUGGUGAAUUGAAAAUAAUAAGUGACGCUUAAUUAAUAAACUAUUUGAGAAUAAAAAGACCAUUCUCAAUAUGUUGGAUAUUCCCCAAGAAGCCAAGGUGCGCGGCCAUCAGCGUGCUCCAUCCGACUCCAAGGAGUUCCAUGAGGUAACCAAACGUGAUGCUUUGCGUCUGUUGGAGAACGAUGUGGAACGCUUGCUCAAAACCACAGAGCCGGCACGUCGUCCCGCUCUGCAGGCGGAAAUGGGACGUUUUGCGGAUCUCUUUGGUCGCUUCUUGCAAGAGGAGGGACCUGCUCUGGAUUGGAACAAAAUUCAAAAGUUGCCCGAAAACGCUGUCAUGAAUUACUCCAAUUUGAAGUCGCCGAAAAAUGAGCAGAAUGAGAUACGUCACAUGCUGGACAAAUUGGUUGUCAUCAAGUUGAAUGGUGGCCUGGGCACUUCUAUGGGCUGUCAUGGCCCAAAGAGUGUUAUACCAGUGCGUUCCGAUUUAACCUUCCUGGACUUGACGGUCCAGCAGAUUGAACAUCUGAAUAAGACCUAUGAUGCCAAUGUGCCAUUGGUAUUGAUGAACUCUUUCAAUACCGAUGAAGAUACCGAGAAAAUUAUACGCAAAUACAAGGGUUUCCGUGUCCAAAUACAUACCUUCAAUCAGAGUUGCUUCCCACGUGUGAGUCGGGAACAUUUUCUACCUGUAGCCAAGGACUUUGAUGUGGAAAAGGAUAAGGAGGCUUGGUACCCGCCUGGUCACGGCGAUUUCUAUGAUACGUUCCGUAAUUCGGGUCUAUUAAAGAAAUUCAUUGAGGAGGGUCGCGAAUACUGUUUCCUAUCGAAUAUUGAUAAUUUGGGUGCAACUGUCGAUUUGAAUAUAUUGAAUAAAUUGGUGGGUGAGGAACGUGCCAGUACACCAGUUGAAUUCGUUAUGGAGGUCACUGAUAAAACGCGUGCUGAUGUUAAGGGUGGCACACUUAUACAAUUUGAGAAUAAGCUACGCCUAUUGGAAAUUGCGCAGGUGCCCAAUGAACAUGUGGAUGAUUUCAAGUCAGUGAAAACAUUUAAAUUCUUCAAUACCAAUAAUAUUUGGGCCAAUCUCUCAGCCAUUGAUCGGGUGUUGCGUGAGCGCACUUUGAACAUGGAAAUCAUUGUGAACAACAAGACAUUGGAGAAUGGAACACGUGUCGUUCAGCUGGAGACUGCUGUGGGUGCAGCGAUGAAGUGUUUCGAUGGCGCCAUUGGUGUCAAUGUGCCACGUUCACGUUUCUUGCCCGUUAAGAAAUCUGCCGAUUUGUUGCUCGUCAUGUCGAAUUUAUAUACUCUCAAAAAUGGAAGUCUUGUAAUGUCACCACAGCGCAUGUUCCCAACCACACCCUUGGUCAAGCUGGGGGAUAAUCACUUCUCCAAGGUCAAGGAGUUUUUGGGCAGAUUUGCCAAUAUACCCGAUAUAAUUGAUCUCGAUCAUUUGACUGUCAGUGGCGAUGUGACAUUUGGACGCGGUGUUUCUUUGCGUGGCACUGUGAUCAUUAUAGCCAAUCAUGGUGAUCGUAUUGAUAUACCCGCCGGCGCUAUAUUGGAAAAUAAAAUUGUUUCUGGCAAUAUGCGCAUCUUGGAUCAUUAAUUGCAAUAUCAAAUCAAAAACCUACACACACAGAAAAUUGGAAAAGUUCGCUGCUCUAUUUUAUUAUUAUGUAGUAGCUUAAUUUAUCUAGUUCAAAAUUCCAAAAUUAAGAAUUUCAUUUAGCCAAAAGCAAAGAAAAAAAAAAACAAAUUGUUGUAAGCACAAAGUGUCAUUUAGCCAUUUGUUUUUUGUAGCAUGCAUAAAUCUCUGAUUUGUAUAUAUUGUUAAAUUGUAAACUGAUUUUAAAUCGUAAAACUAAAAAAUCAAAAAAAAAAAAAAAGCGUUUUCAAAAUUGUUAAACUGUAGAAGAAAUCGUAAUGCUGUUGAAACAUUUUUAAUAAAAGCAUGUUUAUUGCCAUAAAUUAUGCUAAAUUGUA